AUGCCCGCGCGCCGCUCGCUGGUUGCUGUAGCUGGUCCGUCGGCUCCAGCAGCGCUACCAGUGGUCGAGCUCCAUCCCAUCACACGGCGUCUUCGCAAAAUGUGGAAGUUUGCCGCUGUCUGCCAAUUCCUCUUCGUCUUUGACGAGGCUUUCGGAAUGAGUGGCUUCGAGACAGAGACGCUCGAGGCUGACUUUGAAAACAGCGAAUCCAACGUUGUUCCCGACCUUGUCAAGCGCCUACUCUAUUCGCUGACUCUUGACCGUACCAUAGAUUUUGACAACUGGCAGCACCAUCUCAGAGCCCAGUAUAACCUCCGUGACGUCGAAUCACACAGCCGCUUUGGAACGCCCGAACAGCCCGUCGAAUGGGCGCAGCUUUCUCUCGAAGACAAGAUCGCCACCCUCCAUGACCUUUGUGAAUGGCAGCUCAUGGAUCCAGAGAGGUUUCGCAAGCUUGUCAAGUCCGAAGAGGAUGUCACAACCUGGAGAGUGUCGCCCAUCGGCUGGGAUGCCCAUGACAAUGCCUACUGGCUUUUUGACGACAAUCGCAUCUGGAUUCAACGUCCAGAACUCCUACCCGAGCGACCCGCCAAGUCCCGCCCGCCCGCCAAGAAAGGUUCCAAGCGCGCCAGAAUGGAAGCAGCUGCCGCUAGGCGUGCUGCCUCGGCCUCGGGCGCCGAGAAUCCUCCCUCAGCCUCAAAACCUGCUGGUACCAAGCGCAGUCGUCCUUCGGAUGCGACACCAAGCUCGACGCCCUCCAAGCGAACACGGUCCUCGCUCGCCGACUCGGCCACCUCCACUCCAUCGAGACCCCCGACGAGACGCGCAACACGCACCUCUGCACGUUUUGCACCUCAAGCGGAUCACGCCGUCACUACUCCUUCCAACGGUCGUGCUUCACGCUCAGCUGCUCCUUCAUAUUCGUCCGACUCGGAACUCAGUGAACCCCCAGAGACGAUCCAAGACGAUACCACUGGAAACUAUCAUGUCAACGGUGAUGAUGACGACAAUGUCAAGAUGAACGAUGCCGAGGAAGAGGAUGUCAAGAAAGUGACAAACGAAAAAGAGGAAAGGCAGAACGGCAUGGACGCCAAAGACGAAGACGAAUGGGUCGAGUUUGAGGCUAUCGUCGUUACCCGCCAGGAGUGGCUCGACUUCUCCAAGCGCUUCGCCAAGUCCAAAGACCCCAACGAAAAGAACCUGCACCAGUUCAUCAACAACGAGAUUCUGCAGCCAGUGCUCGAGGCACUGGAUGAACUGGACCGUCAGCGCGCCUUGGAGCUAGCUCUCGCCAAUCGAAAGCGCUCCAGCCGUAUCGCCAUCAAGGAGUCGGAGCGCGAGGAGCGCGAGCGAGACCGCGAGGCUCGCGCCAGGAUGGAAGAGAAGAUGGCACUCAUUCGAAAGGAGGAGGCGCAGAAACGCCACAAGGAAGAGGAGGAACAGCAAGCUCAGAUCUCCAGGGAGACGCGACUACGCGAACGAGAAGAACGUUUGCGCGCACGCGAGCUCGAGCUCGAGACCAAAGCCAUCCGCGAGGAGGAGGAGCGCGAGAGAAAAGAGAAACAGCGUCAGGAUCGCAUACGCAGACGCCAAGAGAUCAUCGCCAACGGCGGCAUUCCGCCGCCUUCCAAGGAGUCCACGCCCUUGCUCGAGGACUCGUCGCUUGCCGCCAACGGAACUGUGGAAGAAGAGGAAGAAGAAUGGGAGCUCAACUGCGAAGUAUGCGGCAAGGCUGCCAUCAGCCCGCCCGACGAGGACAACGAGAUCGUCUGCUGCGAGCAGUGCGGCGUCUGGCAGCAUCUCAAGUGCUGGGAUAGCUUUGACAAACACAUUCUCGGCCUAAAGAAGAAACGCGACUGGGAAUCUGUCGACUUUUUCUGCUCCAAGUGCCACCCACCUCCUCCAGGCACUCCUGUUCCGCAACCCGGCAUCCUUUCGCGACGCGACAAGUCGAGUCCGCGCAGCAACAAACGCUCUAGUAACGGACCAGAUUCUGCUUCGCCAAAGAUGGGCGAGGGGUCCGCGCUCACCGGCAACGCCGAUUCGCCACAGCAGAGCAAGCUCAUACCUGGAAGCAAGCAUGUCGACGCAAUCGAAACGUCAGAAGCUGAACAGCCCGCUGCAUCGAUCGGUCAAGCAAGCAAUGGUCUUGUCAAGCCGCCGACAAUCCCUUCACAGUCAUUGAGACUACCGACAGCUGGUGCACAGCCUGCCGAGACAGGCACUUUGGUUCCGUCCAGUGUCGCGACCAGACCCAUGGCCGCCCAGACUGGUCUGGGACAGCUGCCACCUCCUUCAGCUUACGCUGCGCCAAACGGGGGCAACAACGCUACAGCCACUGUCGGUCGACCUCUGCUGCCAUCCCCUCACAUGGGCAGUGGUGCUGUUGGAGACGCUGUCAGUGUUGAUACUGCGAAUUCCGACACACCCGCCAACGGAAGUGGUGCUGGUCUGACGUCCAAGAGCGUUCCAGGAUUGGGCAUGGGCCGACCUACGCAGGUGCCGACAAUCAGCUCACCGCGUUCGCCUUCGUCUGGCGGCACUUCCUCCAGUCCAGGAGCCGCGAUGCACGGCAAUGGCGCCACUACCACGUCGCCGCGAUCGCCGUCGUACGGAGCUACGCUGGCAAGUCCCGGCUUCCGUCGACCCUCGCAGCCGUCAGGCUCGUUCCCAAUGCGACACACGCCCGCCAAAUCACCGCUGUCGCGACCGUACGAGUCGACAACGCUGCAGAACGGCGAGUCAUCCACCAACGGCUUCAGCUUGGGACCACCACGAGCUUUGAGCCCAUCUGCGAGUCGUGGAGCCUCGGGGCAGUUUGCCAGCCUGGGUGCAACGGCUCAGAGUCUGCAAGCUGCGUCUGCUGUGGCGGCUGGUUCAGGUGCAGCGCCCAUGGAUGCGUUCGGUAAAGUAUUUGGUCAUGUGUUUGCACCGGUUUCUUCGGGAGCCGCAGUCUCGGGAGCCGCAGUUGUUGCGUUGCCGAACGCUGCUACGGCCGAGCCUACACCCACGGGCUCGCUUUCGGGCCCUCGUGUCCAUGUUGCAGGCGGUGCCGGCGAAAGUGCUCAGGGAGAUGCUGCGUGCACGGUUGAACUUGGUGCUGCUCCAUCGUCGAGUGAUGUUGCGAAUGGCAACGGCGCGAAACGAGCUGGCGUCGCAGCUGCGCAUGCGUUGCGCACGCUGGAACGUGGCCAUCCUUCGUUGUCGCCAAUAGCAGGCGAAAAGAACGAGCAGAAACACGACGGUUCUGCUGCCAAGGUCCAGGUCGUCGAACUUGCACCGACGCACAUCGAGAAUCCUUGA